AUGGGAGUGAAAGGCAGAAAAGGUCCACCAGGACCGCAGGGAGAAAGGGUCCAAAAGGUUUACCAGGAAAGCCAGGGAGAGUCAUUAACGCUGCUGCCAAAGGAGCGACUGGACCACAAGGUGAAAUGGGUGCGCGAGGUCCAAUCGGUAAUCCAGGAAGCGAUGGCAGACGAGGACCAACAGGGCCUAAAGGUAAAUGAAAUUCUAAAAUUGAUAGCCCACAAAGUGAACUGCCAAAUUCUAGGACCCAGAGGUCCACAGGGCGAAAGAGGCAACACAGGCGAGGAUGGUGAUCGUGGACCUCCGGGUUUGCCAGGAACACCUGGUUAG